CGAAUCUCGACGCACAAAAUUGCCUCUAGUGUAUUACUGUAAUAAAGCAAUUUUGUUUGUCAACAUGGUAUACGUAAUCAUUUUGACAGUGAUAGCGGGCGCUUUGAGCCUUUAUUAUUACAUCUUCAAGAAUUUGAACUUUUUCAAAAAAUAUGGCAUACCAUAUAAAAGGCCUUUUCCUAUACUCGGAAAUAUGGCAGGAGUCAUCUUCCGUCGUGAAAAUUUGUUUGAUCUUGCGAAAAAUAUGUACAAUUUACAUCCUGAAGCCAAAUACGUCGGCAUGUUUGAUAUGACAACUCCAAUUGUAGUGAUUCGCGAUCCCGAUCUUAUUAAAUCUAUCGCGCUAAAAAAUUUCGAUCUAUUUCCCGAUCAUCGCGCCUUCAUGGAGGAAUAUCAAGAUCCAUUAUUUGCCAAAAAUUUAUUUGCUCUCAGAGGAGAGAGGUGGCGGCAAGUACGGCCUUUAUUGAGUCCAGCUUUCACGUCCAGGAAGAUGAAAAGUAUGUAUAAACUGAUGUCGGAUUGCGCCGCCGAAUUUUGUAAUUGUUUGGCGCAAAUGCCUAUAGAAAAGAGGAUAAUGGAAAUAAGAGAGGUCUUUACGAAAUACACAAAUGAUAUAAUAGCUACUUGCGCUUUUGGUAUUAGUGUUGAUUCUAUGAAAAACCCGAAUAACGAAUUCUAUGUUUACGGUAAAGAGGUGACCACUUUCGACAGAAUCGCCUUUGUAAAGUUCUACAUCUUUAAAAACUUGCCUUGGUUGGCAAAAAUACUUCAAUUAAGAAUUAUUCGUGAAAAAGCAGCGAAUUUCUUUCGAGAUCUCAUAGAAGACACCAUAAAAAUUAGAGAUGAGAAAGGUAUCGUUCGUUCAGACAUGUUGCAAUUAAUGAUGGAGACUAGAGGGCAAAGUAAAGAAGGCAAACCAGAACUCUCUAUCGAAGAUAUGGUAAAUCAAGCAUUCAUUUUCUUCUUUGGCGGCUUUGAGAGCACUUCGAUGUUAAUGUACUUUGCUGCUCACGCGAUCGCGGUGAAUGAGUAAAUACAAAAAAAACUUCAAGAUGAGAUUGAUAAAGCCUUGGAGGAAUCAAAUGGAUUAGCACCAUACGAAGUAAUUAAUAACAUGGAAUAUUUGGAUGCUGUGAUUAACGAAGUGCUCAGAAUGUACCCGGUUACUCCAGCAUUAGACAGAGUAUGCGUGGAAACAUUUGAGUUGCCUCCGACAUUGCCAGGAACAAAGCCUUUUACUAUAAAAAAAGGAGACAGCAUAUGGAUACCAGUUUAUGGAUUUCAUCAUGAUCCGCAGUACUUUGAAGAGCCAGAAAAAUUCGAUCCCGAACGGUUUCUUGGUGAGCGGAAAAAAGAAAGCCUCAAUUGCGGAGUUUAUUUGCCCUUCGGACUGGGACCCAGAAUGUGCAUAGGCAAUAGAUUUGCUUUAAUGGAGACGAAAGUUUUGUUAUUUCAUUUAUUGGCACGUUGCGAUCUCAAACCUUGCGAAAAGACAUCGAUAACACUCAAGAUGGCUAAGGAUGGCUUCAUUGUGAGGCUCGAAGGAGGCUUGUGGUUGAAUAUAUCACCAAGAAAAAAUAUUCAUCACACUAUUGCUACAACGCUAUAAUGCAGUCAACAAAUACAGGGACAAUUAUAAGAAAAUUUCAAUAUUUUUAAUUACAUUAAAAAAAAUUGGAAAUUAAUGAAUUUUUUUAAUAUAAAAAAAUAUUUCUUGCUCAAAUAUUUUGUGUAUCGGUUAUAUUAAUUAAAAAAA